GCCAGCACACACUCCUUGCCCAGAGCGGCGAGAGAGCAGAGCUUUGCGAGCCGCGUUCAAGCCGCCGCCUCUGCCGCUGGUGCACGGGGCUCUGCCUCUGCAGCCCGCGCGGGCGUUCGGCGAGCCAGCCGGUUCGGCAGUGCCAGCUCGACGGGAGCAUUCAGUAUCUUCCCGCUACCCAGAGCCCGCAUCCGCUCGCGCUGUCCGAGACCCCCGGCCCGCCGCUGCCGCCGCCGCCUGCCCACUUCGCAGCAACUUCUGCGGCCGCGUGUCGCCGGCCUUCUGCUUGUCUUGGAAGUUGCAGAGCCCGCCACAAAGUUGGGACACUUGGGCAUUAAAUUUUGCCCUAGUGUGCAGGUCCCUCGGUUCGUGGAUCCUGGUACUUUGUCAAGUACUUGGUGGGAUCCCGGGAACCUGGGCUUUUCCAGCACACCACACCCCCGGGGAGAAAAAACCAACCAACCAAACUUUCCUCUUCCCGCUAGAAAAAAACAAAUUCUUUAAGGAUGGAGCUGUUCUAUUGGUGCUUGCUGUGCCUCCUGUUACCACUCACCUCAAGGACCCAGAAGCUGCCCACCCGAGAUGAGGAACUCUUUCAGAUGCAAAUCCGGGAUAAGACGUUUUUUCAUGAUUCAUCUGUGAUUCCAGAUGGAGCCGAAAUCAGCAGUUACCUCUUUAGAGAUACACCGAGAAGGUAUUUCUUCAUGGUUGAAGAGGAUAACACCCCACUGUCAGUCAUAGUGACCCCCUGUGAUGCACCUCUGGAGUGGAAGCUGAGCCUCCAGGAGCUGCCUGAGGAGCCCAGUGCAGACGGAUCAGGUGACCCAGAACCACUUGACCAGCAGAAGCAGCAGAUGACUGAUGUGGAGGGCACAGAACUGUUCUCCUACAAGGGCAAUGAUGUAGAGUAUUUUCUGUCUUCAAGUUCUCCAUCUGGUUUGUAUCAGUUGGAGCUUCUUUCAACAGAGAAAGACACACAUUUCAAAGUUUAUGCCACCACCACUCCAGAAUCUGAUCAGCCAUACCCUGACUUACCAUAUGACCCCAGAGUUGAUGUGACCUCCAUUGGACGUACUACCGUUACUUUGGCCUGGAAACCAAGCCCCACAGCCUCUAUGUUGAAACAACCCAUAGAGUACUGUGUGGUCAUCAACAAAGAACACAAUUUCAAAAGCCUUUGUGCAGUGGAAACAAAGAUGAGUGGAGAUGAUGCUUUCAUGGUGGCGCCCAAACCUGGCCUAGACUUUAGCCUCUUUGACUUUGCCCAUUUUGGAUUUCCAGCAGACAAUUUGGGUAAAGAUCACAGCUUCCUGGCCAAGCCUUCUCCCAAAGUGGGGCGCCAUGUCUACUGGAGGCCCAAGGUUGACAUUCAAAAAAUUUGCAUAGGCAAUAAAAAUAUUUUCACAGUCUCUGACCUGAAGCCCAAUACCCAGUACUACUUUGAUGUCUUCAUGGUCAAUACCAACACCAACAUGAGCACAGCAUAUGUAGGUGCCUUUGCCAGAACCAAGGAAGAGGCAAAACAGAAGACAGUGGAGCUCAAAGACGGGAGGGUCACAGACGUGUUUGUUAAAAGGAAGGGGAAAAAGUUUCUACGGUUUGCUCCAGUCUCCUCUCACCAAAAAGUCACCUUCUUUAUUCACUCUUGUCUGGAUGCCAUUCAAGUCCAAGUAAGAAGAGACCGGAAGCUGCUUCUGUCACACAAUGUGCAAGGCAUUCGGCAGUUUCAGUUAAGAGGAAAACCCAAAGGAAAAUACCUCAUUCGACUGAAAGGCAGCAAGAAAGGAACAUCAAUGGUGAAAAUACUGGCUACCACCAGGCCCAGUAAGCAUGCAUUCCCCUCUCUUCCUGAAGACACGAGAAUCAAAGUCUUUGACAAGCUACGCACCUGCUCUUCAGUCACGGUGGCAUGGCUUGGCACCCAAGAAAGGAGAAAGUUUUGUAUCUACAGAAAGGAAGUGGGUGGAAACUACAGUGAAGACCAGAAGAGAAGAGACCGAAACCAGUGCCUAGGACCAGAUACCAGAAAGAAGUCAGAGAAGGUCCUUUGCAAAUACUUCCACAGUCAAAACCUACAGAAAGCAGUGACUACAGAGACAAUCAGAGAUCUGCAGCCUGGCAAGUCUUACCUGCUGGAUGUUUAUGCCAUAGGACAAGGGGGACACUCUGUGAAGUAUCAAAGUAAACUUGUGAAAACAAGGAAGGUCUGUUAGUUACCUUGAGUGAAGAUUGGGAGAACUCCAGGAGAGACAUGGAAUCACACUGCCUGUAACUGACUACUCUAGUGACAAACAGAAAUUGUACUUGAAAGAAAGGGUAACAACAUGUGUACAAUGAUGCCUGUCUAAUGUAACAUGGAGACUUGUACUCACGCACACCUGUGGUACUUAGGGUCCAUCUGUCUAAUGCUGGUUAAUGUCAAAGGAAGAGGGUAUCUCGAUGGAUACCACCCUUUGCUUUGACCAUUGCAUGAACUGCUUCUAAAUUAUUUUAUUACCUAAAAUUUAAAAUAUGCCAUUCGUUGCACACAUUCACAAAUGCAAAUAAUUCCUCUCUAUAGAUGUUAGGGGAAAUUUAUAUAUAAAUAUAUAAAUAUAAAUUAUUUUAUAAAGUCUGUUUUAAAUGUUGGUGUUUCUAUUAUUGUAAGCUAUUAAAUUCUUUCUCUGAUAAAGUAUAGAUCUAAUCUAAGAUCGUAUCGUCCUCUAAGCAGUAAUAUUGUUGUAAAUUCUUAUUUGUUCAGUAAAGUGUUUAAAUGCUGUUUGUAUGUAUCUCAUGUAAAAAGUUGAUAUACAUUAUAUUCAUGUACAUAAAAUUAAGAAUAUUAGAAUAUUACACUGUUCAUUUUCCUAAGCAGUACUGUGGUAUAUUCAAUUGCCUAUCUGUCCUUAAAACCGUGCUUUUCUGUAGUUAGCACCAAAAUUUAGUAUUAUUUAGUAGCUAGGAGGGAAUGUUGCCUCUCUCGACCUUUACUGACAUCAAGAGCUGGUUAUUCAAGUCUGAAUUUAGGAACUAAAUGGGAGCUGAAGAACUCUAAGUAGGCUUGUUUGAGCAGAGGCCAAGCCAAAUACUAUCAACCUGAUAAUUGAUCAUUUUAAACAUUUAUUUUCCAUUUGCUUAAAUUUUGGCAAAUCUUUUAACUGCUAGCUGGAAACAAGCGAGUAACCUUGAUUACAACUUUCAUCAGUCACAACACAACAGUACAAUGCUGCUUACAAGAUUUACAAAGCACUGCUGCAGCUAAUUUUUGAGUUUUUCACUGUUUUUUAAAGGUAAUUUUAGUAUAAGUUACAAGUCUAGCAGAUAACAUCUGCAGGCCCUACCAAGGGAGCAUGAGGGCACUUUUAUCCUCUACAGAUUUUACUUGGAAAUCCCAAGGCAUCAUGAGACCACAAAACCAAGAUUCAGAAAUACUUGUAAUUGUUGGUCACCUAAAAUAAUAUGACGUUAGGAGAAUGUUACUGCCCACUCUCCCCUUUCCCAUUUAGAAAGUUGAGGAAGUGGUAGAAGUGGAUACAACAACACUGUGAAAUACCUUGUGUCAUAAGAAGUUGCUAUUUGCAAAAUCCUGACUCUAAACCCUUACCUUCUAUGACUACAGUGUGGACAGGCACAAUGGUUGCUCUUUUUGCUCUCCCCUGCAUGCCUGGCUGGUGAGAGUUUACCAGCAGCAUUGCUAUGGAGUAGAGGAAUACUGUGGCAGAGUCAGGGGUACUUAUCGCUCCCUAUGGCAUGUGCCCUGCAACCAUUAUGGCACACCCUCUAAAUCUUUGGCAAUAACUUUCAGCAAAAUUGAUCCAUCCAUGCAAUGCAGGAACAACAUCUGAAAUAAUUUUUUUGAAAGCUGACAAUUAUAUACCCAAUGCUUUAUUUAAGCAGAUUCAUUAUAAGGAGAGACUGACAAAUUAACAUCCAGAGAAAUUAUAUUCAGUUAUUGAUGUGGGAAAAGCAGCUUCCUAAUGUUGCUGAGCAACAUGUGAGACUACAAUGAAUCAGAUUCUGUUGCUUUGAAGGACUUCCUAGAUCUUGAACACUGCCUAACUCCCAGCAUCUGAGAACCAGGCUGAGCUGACCUAACCAAGCAUUUUCUGCUAGGUGUGAUGGUAGUUUCUUCAUAUUGUGGACAAAUACAAGAAUUCUCUAAUGACCCUAGGGGGAAAAUUGUCUUUUCAAACUAAGGAAAAUUAAACACACAUCAUGAAAUGUUUAUUCCUCAUAACAAAGGAGAAAUCCAUGAAAACCAUGCCUUGAUACUCACAGAUGCACUAAGUUUUCAAGAGCAUCCAGGUAGAUUAGGGACAAGAAAGAAAGACUCAUCUGUUCUCAUUUUAGAAAUAGCUACAAGCUUGCUAAUAUAAAAACAAAACCUGGCCUAUGCUAAUCUCUGAGUGAACAAUAGAUUCUGAGGGGGAUGGGGCUCAAAGCCACGUAUAGAUGGAUAUUGAGAAGAGAAGGCUUUGAGAUAUGCAACUCAUUGUCUUUCCUUUUCAAGCACAAUGACAGAGGGGGAAAACCAGAAUAUAUUUAAAAUAAGAGAAACAAAAUUUAGAAAAUUAGUUUUGCCCCAGUGUGACGGCACACACAUGUGUACCAGGAGGCAGAGGCAGAUGGAGUUCUGUGAGUUUGAGUUCAGUUUGGUCUAUUUAGUGUGUUCCAGGCCCACUAAGAGCUCCAAGGUGAGAGUCAGUCCAGAAAAAUGAAGCAAAGCAAACUAAACAAAUGGUUUUAUAGUUGAAAGAGUUAAGCAAGUUACUACAUAGAUUCCAAAAUGCUUUCCAAGAACCAGUCACCAAUUUUUGUUUGAAAAAAUAUUCCUUCAUAGGGUUUUAAAAGCAGUCUUUUAGCCGGGUGGUGGUGGUGCACGCCUGUAAUCCUAGCACUCUGGGCGGCAGAGGCAGGCAGAUUUCUGAAUUCGAGACCAGUCUGGUCUAAGGAGUGAGUUCCAGGACAGCCAGGGCUAUACAGCGAAACCCUGUCUUGAAAAAACCAAAAUCCAAAAAAUAAAAAAAAUUAAAAAAUUAAAAAACAACAAAAAAAUAAAAGUAGUCUUUUAAUGCAAUUAUUCUUAAGUUUCUUAAGAACUGUGAUGUCUAUAAUUGAUCACAUCAAAGUUAUAAGAAAAGAAUUUUGAAGACUAAUUUCUAAUGUAUGUUUGCAUACAAACUUAAGACUAGAAGUUUAUUAAUCUAUUUAUUAAUUUGUAUGGCACACAUACAUUAGAAAUUCUUUGUCUCCAAAACAUAUGGCAGAAUUUUAAAAAUUAACUUAUAUUCAGUAUGUAGAUUUUUAUGUCUAUGAAUAUUUUGCCUGCAUGUAUAGCUCUAUACCAAGUGUGUACCUGAUGCCUAUGGAGGCCAGAAUUAGGUGUGAAAAUCUGAGGAUUGAGAGCCACAAUGUGGGUGCUAGGAAAUGAUCCUCAGUUCUUUGGAAGAGCAGCCAGUGCUCUUCUUAAUCUCUGGGUCAUCUCUCCAGCCCCAGCCCCUAAAUCAGUAUUUAAACAUUCAUUCAAAGAUUAGAGCUAAAAGGACACGUGCAAUGCUUGAUUUUGUUGCCCCAAACCCAUCUUAAGUUAUUUCUAUGUCCUCAAUAGUCAAGUGGAAUGACAAGUGUUCAGUUUAAAUUGACAAAUUUUAAAGUGUUGAAUCUGAGGUACACUUAUUUCUUUAAAAAAGUUUUAAAAAGUCUUUUUGUAUAUGUACAGAUUUUCUAUGUGCACAUGUUUGCAGAAUUCCUCUGUAAGAGCAGCAAGUGCUCUUACCCACUGAGCCAUCUCACCAACCUGAUAACUUAAUGUGUAUUCAUUACUUUGUGAGGCUUGGGGAUGAGGCCACUCAGUGAAAUCCUACACAAACAGAUUUUGGUGAACAGUUUAGUCAUUAGGUGGAGUUUAAUCCAGAAUCCAUUCUAGCAUGUCCUUUCAUAGGUAAACCAGCUCUGCCAUCUAUCUGCCUUACAAUGGAGUCUACUUAAGACACCAACCCAGGUGUCUUAACUCCCUUCCAACACCUUGUCAAGAGUUCCACAGAUAUCUAGCAAUGCCAUCCAACUUUAGAAGGAGGAAAGUGAAGUCUUCCCGGGACUGGAACCCAGGCUCCUUUAUUCCCAAUUUAUUGCUUUCUCGGGACUUGGUUUUAAGCAUGAGUUCACUUUAGGAAGCAUACAACAGCUUACCGAACAGCAAAACAAAAGAAGAAAACCAUGCUGGCUGACUUGAACUAGCUCAUUGGGAAAUCAAGAUGGCUGUUUCCUUUCCACCUUCAUACGGUGUCAUAGAGAUAAAACCAGCUGGGAACUUGCCCUCAGAUUCCCUCCCUAGGACCAAGCUGAUGUGACUCCAUACGGAUGUCAGCUGGAUCUAUUAGUCCUUUUCUAAGUGGCAUGGGAGGCCUCAGGGCACGUUCACCACUGGUGUUCCCCAGGAAGAUUUGCUCGGAAGGAUACACAGUAGUGUGGUAUCUUGGCCUUUGUUGUUGGUUUGAAAACAGGAAGUACCAGAGAAAAGAGAGCAACACUAACAACAGAAUACAUAAAGAGGGGCAGGUUUAUCCAAUUUCCUUCUCUCAGAGGCCCAGGAGAUAAAGAGACGUGAGAGCUGUUAAAACAAUCAGUUUUAUUAAGAUUUUUUUUUGUGUGCUGUCCUACAUGCAACUCACACUGGAAAUUCUGACCCAAAUCACCAUCCUCUAUUAAAACUGUAUCCUACUGACAGAAAUUUUUCAUUUCCUUGGUGUGCCCAACACAGGUGGUUUAAAUUCUCUUUACACCUUUCCUUCCCAAUUAUGAAAAAUAUUCUUACCUAUUGAGGCCAUUUAGAACAGCCUUUCAGAGCCAGUUUAGUUCUUUCACAGAUAGUUUUGUAAGAUUCUUCUCACUUGCAAAUGGGAAAGAAAGGUUGUUGAUCCACUGCCUACAAAAACAAUUGGCCCAAAAUUGAAGAACUGAGUCUUAGGCAUCGUGCCACUGCUUCACAGUCCCUAUGUAGGUCUCAAUACAGACAGCAAGGGACCAGCUUUGGUGUGGGAAGGGACCCUGGGUCCUAGUCAAAUCCGAAGAUGUUUAUACUAUUCUGCACUACCAUGUUUUCAUAGUUGUAGGGAUUGCAUCCAGAGGCAUUGAAGACCAAGGAUAUUACUGGAACGUAGCCACUACUCACUACACUGCCCAGGAGAACUUUCCGGGAAAGUUCCUGAAACUUGUGAGAAAUGUAUUCUGAGACUAAGCCAAGGGCAGACAUGUAAAGCAACCUCCCAGAGCAGAGUCUUGUCUCAAAAGAUUAGGUAAGGGUGUUACGUUUGAGUAAACACAAAGGUGUAAAUCAGAGGGGCUGGAGGAGAAGAGUCCUGAUAGAGGGUGAUGGGGUGCAGAUAAUGCAGUCGAAAAAACAAGGCCAAAAAAGCAGCUGGAAUGAGCCUACUGUUUCAGGUUGAGACAUAGCAUAAAACUGGGCUAUUUAAGCAGCAGUUUCAAAUCAUAGUCUCAGGGUUGUUUUGAUUUGCAUUUCCCUGAUGAAUAAGGAUGCUGAACACUUCUUUAAGUGCUCCUCUGCUAUUCAAGAUUCCUCUGUUGAGAAUUCUCUCAUUAGCUCUGUACCCCAUUCUUUAAUUAAGUUAUUUGAGUUGUUGUUGUCUAACUUCUUGAGUUCUUUAUAUAUUUUCGAUGUUAGCUCCCUUUUGGGGAGUCUUUUUCUUUUUCUUUUUCCAAUCAGUAUGUUGCCAUUUGGUCCUAUUGACAGUGUCCUUUGCCUUAUAGAAGCUUUCCAGUUCCAUGAAGUCCCAUUUAUCAAUUGUUAUCUUAGAGCCCCAGCCAUUGGUGUUCUGUUCAAGAGAAUUGUCCCUGUGUCAGUGUAUUUAUGUCUUUUUCCCACUUUUUCUUCUAUUAGAUUCAAUGUAUUUAGUUUCAUGUUGUGGUCCUUGAUCCACUUGGACUUGAGCUGUAUGCUCCCUAUAUCCCUCUCCCCUUCCCUCCCUCUCUCUUUCCCUCCCUCGCUCCCUUCAUUUAUCUCUCUUCCCUCUCCCGCUCUUCCUCUCUUUUUAUUCUUCUCCCCCUUACUCCACCUUCUCAUAAACUGCCUAAAAUGAGUUUCCAUUCAAACUAUCAUGCUUUGGAAAUAAGCAAAUAUGUACUUUUUAUUUAAUUGCCUCUUGGUAUAAUCUCUAAGUGUGAAAACAUGGUAGCACCGGAUAAUAUAAGCAGUUUUCAGGGUGAACCUCACAAAGCCCCAAGGAAUACAUCAACCACUAUUCUAACAAGAUUUCGCUUCUGAGAAAAAUGAUCUAUACUAAGCAGAACCAAGCAUAUAGUAUUUGGAACACAGGAAGUUGAUUAAAGUAUUCUAAAAUGUACCCUGAACUGUCAAGGAAGAUUUAGUGUACAAGCGCCUUCAUCUCACUGGCUGGAACAGCCACACAGGGCUGGUCAGACACCUGGAGAAGCACAGAGGAAGAAGUUCUCUUCUGAAUAUUCUCUGUACCUGGAUUUGAGGAAGUGGCUAGGAGGCUAAGAACACUGGCUGUUCUAGAGUACCUGAGUUCACUUCCCAGCACCUACAUGGCAUUUCACAACCAUUUGUAACUUCGGUCUCAUAUUCAACACCCUUUUCCGAACUUUGCAGUCACCAGGCACGAAUGUGGUGCACAGACUUUGUGCAGACAAAACAUCCAUACACAUAAAAUAAAUAUAUUACUUUUAAAUGUGUCUGAAUGCAAAAUAACUAGAUUGUGACUUUACUAUUCCUAUAGUAAUGACAACGGGCACAGUUACCUACAGGCAGUUAACAGCACCUCUGUAGUCCAAUGCUUGGUUUCCACAUGGGUCAGCAAUGGCUAAACCUUAGAGCAUUUCAUGUUUCCUGCAUUUUCCACAUAUGGUAAGAGCUGCAGCUGGGACACACAAGCACACUUGCAUUUGCUUAAAUGUGGAAAUAACAUUUCCAGCCACUUUAUCAUGACAAGUGUUUUAUAAGCCAUUUAAAUUAGUAGCUUUAACUCUCUAUCUCCUUAUGGGUGUGAAGCUUUCUUCCUCCCGGCUGUAAGGUACAGGCUGUUGAAUUCCUCGACUUUUCACCAACACAAAACACAAUGCUUUUCCAUAUGGGGAAAUGACAGAAGUUUGAAAGAAUGAUAUUGAGUCCCAACACAAACAAUUCACUGUUGUCCAGGUCUGAAUGACUAAUGUUAGAGAUUGGAGCUUCAGUACAGCUGUGUGCUGUGCAUACGUAGCUGCAGUGGGCAGGUGUGUAUUGUGUUCCAAAGAUUUGGGUGCCAAAACAUACAGAACAUUCAUGUUCUUCUGAGGAAGUCUGGGAGGAUCAGAGCUACUGCUUUUAAGAGUUCUUAGACUGCUGAUUGCAAUGGCUUACCCAUAUUAAAAAGAAGAAAGUACUCCUUUAUUCUGCAGAGCUUUCUUUUCCCUGACAAAGGUAUGCUUGUUAAUAAGAGAAAGGAUAGUAGUAGAAAUGAAAUUUUGGGUGUUUUUUUUAAAAAACAUCUGGGAAGUAAACUUCUUUGUUUGUAAAAUGAGAGCAGUGAUGGUCAUCCUGUUUCCUUCUUAGAAAAGCAGGUGAAACAAAGUUCACACUUAGUGCUGAACAUUUGAAACAUAGUACUUCAGUGCUCAUAGCAUGAUCAGAUGAUCAGAUGGGGCCAGGGUUGCAUUCUUGUUUAACAAAAGGAAAGAACAAAGAAGUGACAAAUGUGCACAAAGUCACAGGUUAAGCUACAGUAGAACCAGGAUAUGUGAGCUUCUUCUGGCUCAGAACAAGUGCAUCUCUUUGUCAACCCCUAUGGUUAUGAGUGGUUAUGAGCCAGAAUAUUCACUAGGAUAGGAUACUGAGAAGUCAUAUGACAGAAAAAGGAAUAAAUUAACAGGCUUGAAGCUUGCCCUGUACAUUGACACACCUGUGAGAUGAAUAAAUGUGGGAAACAUGAGACAGAAGAGAAGCCAUUGACAAAUGGUUGCUGAAUGUUUCAUAUUGUGUAGAAUUUUCCUAUCUUAUACUGUGUCAUAUACUACCACAAUAUAAUUGGUUGGUACUUGAUUCCAUCUGUUAGUCUGUAGAAUUUGCUGUGAUUCUCAUAUAUGGUACGAAUGUCUGUGAUAUGUAUUAAUAAAGGUUUCUUUAAU